UCGAGUGCCGAACGAGCUGAUGGACGCACGUGUGGCGCGGAGCAGGCGAAUUCGAAUUUGAGAUUUUGAAAAAAUAUUGCCGCAAACCAAAGUUGGGAAAGUGUGAAAAACUGUUUGCAUCCGGAAAGGGCUUUCAGGGAAAAUAAAAAGAGAGAAUAUAUUAUAUUUACUCAAAGUGUGAUCCCGUCCGCGAUCUGUGUUCAGUGCUUAUGGCGAGUGGCCGGCCGGCCGGCCCCCGAGAAAUUAACUAAAUGCGUGGCGGCUUACUUUCAUGUGCAUCGGAAAAAUCGGAAAAUCCCUAAAGUUAAGCUGCCCAGAUGGAUGGAUCGGCGGCGGUGUGAAGAGGCACUGGCGACGGCGUUGCAACACGGCAACACCACAGCCAUUGCAACUGCAACAUCGAAACUAGUUUCGUUACCUUUUGAUACGCUCGAUCGUCUCGGUGGGGCUGAAAAACAACAAAAGGAAAACUCGCCUUUUGAUCUAGCGCUCUUCGAUUAGUGUUCUGUGGUAUUCCCAGGAAAAAAGGCGAAGGAAAACACAUCUCUAAAACGCACAUCGCUAAAGCAAAUAAAUCAUCUUCGGCCACAAGAGAAAAAACGUUUGAAGUGCCAAUGUGAAAAUAUAAAAAUUUUAAUAAAUCCAAUCCACCAACAAGCUAGAAAAACAAAAAAUGUAGAGUCCCAGGAUAAAUAAAGGUGGAAAUCAAACGAAAAGUAUUAAGCAGUCCAAAAUAAGUUACAACAAAAAUAAACAAAACAAAACAAAAUUCAUGCAACUAUCAAAAUACAUAAUCUCAAGCAAAUAUAAAGAAGCAUAGAAUAGAAUUUUAAACAAUUUUUAUACGGCAACUUAACAAUUUUCUAUUAACCGAAACAAUUUUGACAAGCAUACAAAAAGCGUAUCUUUAAUUUGUAACUCUAAAGUAAUAAAUAUUGUACGAGGUAGAACCCUAGCAAUUAGUAAUUUAUUAACUACACAAGUACUUACCACCAAGCAUCCACAAUAUAUCACGCCAAAAAGUAGACUAUAGAAAACGCAUUUAGAAAAAUCACCAAUUCAACAACAACAAAAGCAGCUUCAACAACAAAUAUUCAAGACAACAAAUAAAAUUCAGUGAAAAUGCCAUCGACAAUGGGAGUAUUUGUGCUUAUGUUCCUCAUUAACCUGAGUAUCGGCCAGGUGCGGAACGAGGAUCAGCUGCUGAUGGUUGGCCAAAAUGGCGACCUGGAGAGCAGCAAUCCUGCCAUACACCACCAGCAGCAGCACCAGCAGCAUCAGCUGCACCAGAGCAGUCACAACCUGAACAAUGUGAAUAUGAACAGCACAAUACUGAACACCCUGAUGGGGAGCAACGGAGCUGGUCAGGUGAUGAACAGCUCUCCCGGUGGCGGAUCCAUGAUCAAUCAACUGGGCGGCAGCACAUCGAGUGCUCCAUCGGUCAUCGGCGGUGGAGGAGUGGCUUCGGUUGGCGGUCCCUGGCAUUCUGGAGUAGGAGUAGGACUUGGUGGAGUUCCUGGCAACGGAAUGGGCUUAUCGUCGUCCCACAAUCACGGCGGAAAUCUGGGCUCACAUCCCCAUGGACACGCACUGGCCGGCCUGGCUAACCUGGGCAUCAUAGUGCCCGGCGGCAAGGGAUUACCUGGAAAUCUGGGAUACGGAGGAACCAUGCUAGGAGGAGGUGUCGGAGCUGCAGGCAUGGGAAUGGGACUACCGUCCAGCACCAGCAACAUGGAUAUGCAGCAGGGCCAUUACAACGAGCACUUCAUCUCAGAGCACACGGUAAUGGCGGUGUUCACCUCCCAGGGGCAGGUGGGCGGACCCUGCCGCUAUAUGCCCGCGACCCGACGGCAGAACCACCAGUGUCGCAAGGAGACAGGGCUGCCGGGAACCUUGAGCGAAGCCCGGCGCCUGGCCACCAGUCAUUGUGAGGAGCAGUUCCGCUACGAUCGCUGGAACUGCUCGAUUGAGACGCGUGGCAAGCGGAAUAUCUUCAAGAAGCUGUACAAGGAGACGGCCUUUGUGCACGCUCUGACAGCGGCCGCCAUGACGCACUCGAUUGCCAGGGCCUGUGCCGAGGGCCGGAUGACCAAGUGCAGCUGCGGCCCCAAGAAGCAUAACCGGGAGGCGCAGGAUUUCCAGUGGGGCGGAUGCAACGAUAAUCUGAAGCAUGGCAAGCGGGUGACGCGCAGCUUUUUGGACUUGCGCGGCGGCGAUGGGGACGAGGUCAGCGAGAUAUUGCGACAUGACUCUGAGGUCGGCAUUGAGGCCGUCUCCUCGCUGAUGAUGGACAAGUGCAAGUGCCACGGCGUCUCUGGCUCCUGUUCGAUGAAGACCUGCUGGAAGAAGAUGGCCGACUUCAAUGCCACGGCCACGCUUUUGAGGAAAAAGUACAACGAGGCCAUCCGCAAGGCGCCCAACCAGCGCUCCAUGCGACAGGCUUCGUCGAGUCGCAUGAAAAAGCCAAAGCAGCGACGCAAGAAACCCCAACAGUCACAAUACACGACUCUGUACUAUCUGGAGACCUCGCCCUCCUACUGCGGGGUCACCAAGGAUCGCCAAUGCCUGCAUCCGGACAACUGUGGGACCCUGUGCUGUGGGCGUGGCUAUACCACCAAGGAGUUUAAGCACGUGGAAAAGUGCCGGUGUCGCUUCAACAACGGAAGAUGUUGUCAGCUGAUCUGCGACUAUUGUCAGCGUUACGAGGACAAAUACUUUUGUAAAUAGACGGGGCGAUGUCUUUCUUUUCCUCUAUUUCCCGUCGCUGUCACUUUCUUCUCCAUCUCCGUCUCUGGAAAGCCGAAAAAGCUCUUUGAAAAUGUAAUUUGUAAAGUUUUUUUCUACCAUUAUUUAUGGCUUGUAAUUUUUUUCCAUUCCUAACUAAGCAACAAACGAAAUAUUAUUGAAAUGAUAUAAGCAAAAUGAAUGAAAUGAUACGCAAAACGAUAGAAAACUCUCUCAAACUCUCACCCACACAAUACAUACUCAUUCACACCCACACACACACACACACACACACAAGCGCAUACAUGCAUCUUUCUAUAUAUGUAAUUACUAUAUAGUGAACAUUAGCUACCGUCGCAAAGGAAAAAAAAAUCUAAAAAAAAUCGCAAAACAUUAUUUAGCAAAAAAAGAAAAUCCACAAAAAAACACAAACACACACA